GCAAACAGGGUGGCUCUGCACAGCCACAGUGCCCCAGGAGGCUUAGCUGUCCUCCUAAAAUACAUUGCUAGUGCCUUCCUCCUGUGGCUCUUUGCCAGAACACCUUUUUGCUGCCUUUCUGGUCUUUCCAUGCGGCUGUCCCUGGUCCUGCUUCUCUAUUCGUGUCUUUUCUGUGCAGAGAAGAUAAUGGAGAGAAUACUACUUUCUCUUUCAGGAAGGGCUGCUGUGAAAAUAGGGCUCACAGUCGACAUUAGGGAUGUCAGCCAGAAGUGCUGCGGAGCCGGCUGUCAUGGAGGGAACCAGGCAAACCAGGAUCUGUCGUCCGCACAAGAUAAGCGAGUCCUCAAAGGUGUACAGGUGGGAUGACCACUCCAGUCUGGUUCUUCAGAGCCUGAAUGAGCAGAGGCACCGAGGCCUUUUCUGUGACAUUGUCCUCGUGGUGGAUGAACAGAGAGUCCCUGCCCAUCGGAACCUCCUCGCCGUUUGCAGCGACUACUUCAACUCUAUGUUCACCAUUGGUAUGAGAGAAGCCCACCAAAAAGAGGUAGAACUUUUUGGAGCCUCUUACAUUGGACUUAAGGCUGUGGUAGAUUUCCUUUAUGGCAGUGAGCUGUCUUUAGAUGGCGGCAAUAUCGACUAUGUGCUUGAAACAGCUCACCUGCUGCAGAUCUGGAAGGUGGUCGACUUCUGCUGCGAGUACCUGGAGAAUGAAGUCAGCGAGGAGAACUACUUGUACCUGCAAGAGCUGGCCUCUAUUUACAACCUGAAGCGCCUUGACUCCUACAUUGACUCUUUCAUCCUGAAGAACUUUGGCACGCUGUCUUUCACUCCGGACUUCCUGCAGAACAUUUCCUUGCAGAAGUUGUGCCAAUACCUGAACAGCAGCAGUGUGCAGCAGGAGUGUGAGCACGACUUGCUGCAGGCUGCCUUGCAGUGGCUUACCCAGUACCCGGAAAGGGAGAAUGAGGCUUACCAGGUUCUGGAUAACAUUCAUUUUCCUUUGAUACCUAAAAGUGAUCUCCUCCACCGAGUCAAGCCUGCUGUCUGCUCUCUUCUUCCCAAAGAAGCAAACUGUGAGGGGUUCAUAGAAGAGGCAGUGCACUAUCACAACAACGUCACAGCUCAGCCAGUGCUGCAGAACAAGCGGACAGCCCUGAGGACCUGUGAGGAGAGGCUCCUCUUUGUAGGUGGGGAGGUUUCAGAGCGCUGCUUGGAACUGAGUGAUGAUACGUGCUUCCUGGACACCAAAAAGGGGCAGUGGGUAGCAGAGACCCCUCUCCCAGCCAGACGAAGUCACCACUGUGUCGCAGUCUUGGGAGGCUUCAUCUUCAUAGCUGGAGGCAGCUUUUCAAGAGACAAUGGAGGGGAUGCAGCUUCAAAUCUGCUAUAUAGGUAUGAUCCCCGCUGUAACCAGUGGAUAAAGGUCGCCUCCAUGAGACAGCGCCGUGUAGAUUUCUACCUGGGAGCUGUUACCGACAUGCUGGUAGCUGUUGGUGGCAGGAAUGAAAAUGGAGCACUUUCUUCAGUCGAGACUUACAGUCCUCAGAAGGAUUCAUGGUCCUACAUAGCAGGCUUGCCCAGGUUUACCUACGGCCAUGCUGGAACAGUCUUCAAGGAAUUUGUGUACAUUUCAGGAGGCCAUGAUUACCAAAUCGGCCCCUACAGAAAAAACCUGCUGUGUUACGACUACCGCACGGAUGUCUGGGAGGAGAAGAGGCCGAUGAUUGUUGCCCGAGGGUGGCACAGCAUGUGCACCUUACAGGACCACAUCUACUCCAUCGGUGGCAGCGAUGACAACAUAGAAACCAUGGCUCGCUUUGACAUUCUGAGUGUGGAGUCCUACAGCCCUCAGUGUAACCAGUGGACCAGAGUUGCUCCUCUGCUGCAAGCAAACAGUGAGUCAGGGGUGGCAGUUUGGGAAGGAAAGAUUUACAUCCUCGGAGGCUACAGCUGGGAAGAAACGGUCUUCUCCAAAACAGUCCAGGUUUAUGAUAAGGAGAAAAAUAAGUGGUACAAAGGAACUGACUUACCCAAAGCAAUUGCUGGUGUGUCUGCAUGUGUCUGUGCGUUGAAACCCAAAACAGAGGACAAGAAGAAAAAAACAAAAACAAGAAAACAUCAAGAUCGAGGAAGAUGACUACUCCUGGAUAACCACCCUUUGAUGGUGGGCUCCAGAAGGACCUUGUAUUAAAUAAUUUCUAUCUAACAUUGAUUCUUUUUGAGUGGGGGGGGGGAUAUUCUGAAGCCUCAUAAAAUGUACAGUUGAAUGUGGUUUUGGGAAUUAAGCUCGUGCUUAAGAUAAAAAUGACAAAAGAAAUUAACACCCCAACCCUCCAACUCUAUAAGGGGUGAGAUGGCAAGAGACGUUGUGCUGCUCUCCUGAAUGUUAAGGCUCAGUCUUUUACUUCUUGGCUCGUGACAUUUCCACAUAAAUUGUAUAAUGUCAGUGUUUUCAAAAUGUUUAAUCUGUGGCUAAAUUGAUAACAUCAAGAGAGAGGAAGGAGGCAGAGUACUGAGUGUCUGGUUUGAAGUUACAGAGCAGUUCAAAGGGAUUUAGAAACAGCUGCUAAGAGAAAAUGAAAUGGAUCUUCACUGUUGUAAAUCUUGAUUUUUAUUCUUUUUUUGUAACGUUAUAUUUCAUUUACAGUAUGUUCUUGAGUUGAAAGUAUCAGAUUUCUGGAACACAUAGGUGUUCAAAGAGGAUAUUGCUUUUGCUGGACUUGGGUCAGACCAGCUUGAAGAGCAAAUAACUCCACUGUACUCUUUAAGAUUAAGAUCUUUCUAUGUAGCUGAAGAAUAGAUAGGAUUGACUGGGGCUUGGAUCAACAGCCAUUAUGACUUGGAAAUCUGGGAGAGAUGACUUUUGCAUCCCUUGUUGUGGCAUUUUUCAUCUCUAAAAAAGUUUUCCUUGGGCUUUAAACAGUGUCCCAGAUUGAGAUAAAAAAAUCUACUGAAGAACUUGAAAGAAGAUUUGAGAAUUUGGAUGGAAACUGCACAGUUUGCCUCAGGCUUCAAAGCAGAUGGAACUCAUAGAGCCCACUGCAAAUCUGAGGUUUGCCGAAUAGGGUAACAGUGGGGAGAAGUAGCAGGAGGAUCCCUCAGGUGGACUUGAAGUGGGAAGAUAUCCCUGCCUAGCCCUAACAGGAUGUAGAAGCUGGGAUCCGCCUCACUUAAGUCAAGGCUCACAGCAGUCAUGGCUAGUAGCCAGUGUGAGCAGGGACCCAUACUAGACUUUGCUGUCAAAAAGCUUAUUAACCAAGGAUGAUUAAUUGGGGUUUGGUAAUCCUGAAGGACAGCAACUUGUUUUUUUGCCUGAGCUAAUAGCUCACACUUUCCUCCUUUUUUUUUAAGUUCAAAAUGUCUUUCCUUGAGAGUAGCCUUUCCUGAUGGUUUUGGUGGGGACUCACCAGUCCCUCACCAGCUGUGCAACCAGACACCUUCCCCAGCAAGACAGGUUCAAAAGGCAGAAACUCAAAAUAUACUUGGGCCUGUGUUUGGGGUACAGACUUGGGAAUGAACUGACAAUUGUCUGUGAGACCCUUUGUGUCACAGUAUCCUCUGCAUACCAAGUAGAGAGAUUUCCGACCCAAGUGUCAGUCCACCCUCUACAAACACAGCUGAUUCUGCUGCAGAUACUAAAAUUCCCCGACUGUCUGGGCAGCUUUCAGGCAUUCACCCUGGGGCAUUUCAGAAAUGCACCUCUGAUUCACAAGAAGUCAAUCACCAGCAAUCUGAUACAGCCACUUCAGUUAUUGUAAUAAUGCCGCAGACUAAAUAUUCCUCCUUCCCAAGAGAACUUUAUAGGCAGUUUUUAAAAACAACUUUUAUACUUUUUUAUACUGCAUUUUGCUAACUCAGUCUCCUGUUUGCCAUAUAUUGUUAUUUGCUGUAGAAGCUACUGCUCUGUAAUCGUGGCCCUGCUGUUGCCAUCAGGAGCUCAUCAUUUGAUGGCUCUGUUGGUCUUUGUGUGGUUGCUUGGGAUGCGGUGCAGCUGUUGGAGCAGCAUUUACAUUCUCAGCAUUGUCGGGCAGUCCGCUGUAAUUGUGACUAUUGUACAGGCUCUUCUCCGUAGCCCAGCUCGCCAGACGUGCUGAUAAACAUGCUUUAUUUGCAACUAGUGGGGAUCUGCAGGGGCUUUGGUUUAAAGUCCUGCUGGGUAACUGUUGAUUGUUGCUGGUUUUCUUCCCUGAUCCUUCUUUCACGUCUCCCUUGUGCACCAUAACUAUGUAUUUAAGAUUUGCCUUCUUUAUUUGCAUGUGGUGUACAUACAGCUGAUAUCCCGCUACCCUUUUUUUAUUAAUUUUUAACUAUGUACCUCAAUAAUUGGAAAACACUAAGAAAACACUUUUGAACUUAAUCACAUUUGAAGCUCUUGUAAAUUGAAGAACUCACAUACAUUGUAAGACUGUAUCUGUAUUGAAAGGUACUUCUGAGUAAGUCUCUGGAGUGCAAGAACGUUACAGGUUUCCUCUUCAAUGCUAAGAAAGGAUUUAAGAAAACUAACUGAAAUUAUUUUUGUGAACCCCCUUGAGGAUUUUUUGGUGUUUAAAAAAAAAAAAAGGCCUCUGGAAUUAGUCUUUCAUUUGCAUUACUGGAUUUCUUUUAAAGCCAUUUUACACUGCAUGAGGUAAUGGUUAUUAUUUUUUACCCUAAAAAUAAAUUUUAAUCCAACCAAGCAAACAAAAAACCAUUUUGAUUAUGACAAACUCAUUAAUUAGUUGUUUGAAUUUAUUUUAUAAUCUGUAAUCCUUGCUAUGUUGACUGACAACUACUUAACUUUUUUUGAUAUUUUCAUGUGUAUAGAACAUAAAUUUCAGUGUUUCUGUUAAUGGGUUGCUUGUUCCUAUAUCCUUCCCUUUUAAUGUGUUUAUGUAUUGCAUUAAUGUCUGGAAACAAUAAAUUCAGUUUAGACUACUGCA